AGAGGAAGAUCGUUAAGCAGUCUCAAUGCACAAUCCAAUACAAGGUAAGUUAUCUCAAUUGAUGCAAUAUUCAGCUUCAACAUCCUUUACCUAAAAACCAGUGAAUGUUACUUUGAACGGAAAAGGGAUAAAUCUUUGGAAUCGUCAAAACUCAAUUCAAUCAACUUGAUUUAAUUUAAACUGUUCAAAAUUGGAUCUAUCAAACGGGCCAACAACGGAAAGCCAACAAAAAGCCAACAUUAACAACUUGAAUCAUGACUGACGCGGACUCUAGACCCAUUUCUGUAUCAUCAGAGGCACAAUUAAGUCCAUCUCCAAACCCACCAACAUCACCAACCAAUCUUGAUAAUAACAAUAAUGUAACAUCAACUUCACCUUCACCCGAUAAUCCAUUUGAAUCAAAUUUUCGUUCAUUUGCCAAAUUUGGCGAUUCCAAAAGUACCGGAGAGGCAAUUACACUGUCAAAUAGCGAUAAAUGGUUCAAACAAGCAAAGGUUAUUGAUGGCAAAAAAAUAACAACUGUUGACACUGGCAUUUAUUUCAAAAAGAUUGCCAAAACCAAAAAGGCGUUAAAUUUGAAGGAAUACGUAAAAUUUUUGGAAGAAAUCGCUAAAAAUAAGAAGAUCGAUGUCAGUGAAAUUAAACAAAAAUUAUCAUCUAGUGGACCACCAGCAACAACCAAGACAACAACUGCAGCUUGUUCUGCCGCUGUUGCGAGAUUAACUGACCACACAAAAUACACUGGAACUCAUAAGCAACGCUUUGACGAAACUGGUAAAGGUCGAGGUAAAAUUGGACGUGUAGAUCCACCUAAAGAUACUGGUUAUGUUCAAGGUUUCCAAGAGGCUGUAGUUGAGCAAAGUGCUCAUUAGAUUAUGUUCAUGGAUACCUGAAUCAAUCGUCACUUAUAAAUCUAAAGAAUCAUUGCAUUCCUAGUAACUUUUGUUUUUGUUUUGCCAAUUCUGUGUUGAUCAAUUUAUUCACAAUUUUACAUUACAAACUUGUUUGAUUGUAUUCUGUUUCUGAUUUUAAUAAAGUUAUGAUUGAUAUUCAUUAUAAA